AUGGCUUCUAAGCAGGAAAAGGAUCAGGAACGCCGGAGGACCAAAAACUCCCGAGAACGUUUGAAGCGACGGAAAGAACGUACUGUUCAAAGUCUACAUGAUUACGGCCUUCUUUCAGGCGCCAAAGUGUAUAUGUUUAUUCAAGACCGUGAUGGCAGGGUAACUGAGUACAGAAACACCCUGGAUAAGAGGUUUCCCCCGUCAUUUACUCAGACUAGGCGCCUAUUCCCAUCUGCAAAGCUGUUGACUCCAGAGAGCUUUGGCGUAUCACAGCCAGAUGUUGAAGUACCUACGACUACAGACAGUCAAGUCAUGUCAUAUGGGCUUCUUAACUUCCCUACCGGACCUUUCCCAAUGGAUCAGUGUAAUGAUCCUCUAGGAGUUCCUGCCCAACUUGGAGAGACACCAACUCUGCCAGACGACAUUCAAUUUUGUUCAAACACUCCUGGAGCAGUUUUGUCACAGGAUAUUCAAGAUGGGGCCACUAAAACAAGGACCUGA